CUCAUAUGUCAAAGAAUACUGGCAUGAAGUGUUUAGCAAUCUUCUUAGGGAAUAUGAGAAGGGCAGGACACCAAAUCCAGACAUAAUGUGUAACAAAUACAUCAAGUUUAAGCACUUCUAUCAGUAUGCAGUUAAUACUUUAGCAUUUUUGUGUAUUUGAACCCUUUGCAACAAUGACUGUAUGAUCUUUUCAUACUGAGGACAACUGAGGGACUAUUACAGAAGGUUCAAACACUCACCUGAUGCUCCAGAAGGAAAAACAAAGCAUUAAGAGUCAGGGGGUGAAAACAUUUGAACAGAAUGAAGAUGAGUACAUUUUUUCUACUUUGCCUAAAUAUCUUUUUUCAUUUAGUACUGCCUUUAAGAAACUACAGAAGAUACUUGCAUGUUUCCCAGAAGACAAAAUAAGUUAAAUUUACCCCGCUCUUCAAAUUCUAAAAGUUUUCACCCCCUGGCUCUUAAUGCAUUGUGUUUCUUUCUGAAGCAUCAGAGAGCAUUUGAACCUUCUGUAAUAGUUGCAUAUGAGUCCCUCAGUUGUCCUAAGUGUAAAAAAAAGGAUCUCAAAAUCAUACAUUCCAAAAUCAGUCAUUGUUGGAAAGGGUUCAAAUACACGCACAUACACAAAGAAUUUGUGGAACCUGAAGGAUUUUUCUGAUGAACAGCAGGCAGUGUAACUGUUCAGGACAAACAAGGGACUCAUGAACAACUAUUACUAAACAAAACAAAACAAAAACAAAACAAACAAACCAAAAAAACACAGCCGUGGCUAAUUCAGGUGCUGAUGCCAUGGCAACAGGACACUACGCCCGGACAUCCCAGGAGGAUGAGGAGGUAUUUCAACAGAAGUACAUUCCACCUCCCAGAACCCUCUUUAGAGAUCGGUUUGAAAUUAGAAGGCCUGUGCGGCUCUAUCAGGGUGCUGAUCUCUUGAAGGACCAGACAUUCUUCCUCAGUCAGAUUUCCCAGGAUGCUCUGCGACACACAAUAUUUCCCCUAGCUGGGCUAACCAAAGACUUUGUGAAGAAAAUAGCUGCUGAGGCUGGCUUCCAGCAUGUUCUAAAGAAAAAAGAGAGCAUGGGGAUCUGUUUCAUUGGAGAGAGAGAUUUUGAGAAUUUUAUCCUUGAGUAUAUAGAGCCCAAACCGGGAAAUUUUGUCUCCAUUGAAGAUGGGAAGAUCAUGGGGCAGCAUAAAGGCUGGUUCACAUUAACACUGGGUCAGAGGGCUAGAAUAGGAGGGCAGGUGGAUCCUUGGUUUGUAGUUGAUAAAGAUAUCACAACCGGUGAUGUAUUUGUGGGUCCAACCACUAACCACCCAGCACUGUUCCGAGACACAUUACAGACAGACCGCUUCCACUGGAUAGCCGAAGACCCGCCUGCUGAACUUGUCCGCACUCAGAUGAUGGAAUGUCACUUCCGUUUUAAUAACCGAAUGCCUUUAACUCCAUGUACUGUAACCUUGAAUCUAGAUGGGUCAGUGUGGGUAAUGUUGAAAGAGCCAAUAAGAGCACUGACACCUGGGCAGUUUGCCGUCCUGUAUAAGGGAGAUGAGUGUUUGGGCAGUGGGAAGAUCAUUCGUCUAGGACCCACAAAAUUCACUCUUCAGAAAGGUCAAAACUGCACAAGCUGCCCACCUAAAGACACAAACCAACAACAUCCAGAACCUGUCAGCUGAGACACAUGCAGCAUAAACCAGCACACCUCUCAUCUCUUUUGUUUUAUGUUGUAAGGACAAUAACAAGAACUUGGGACACUCUUAGUAUUUACAGACAUUUAGGAUGGGUGAAUCCUUAAAGGAAAAGUCCACUUCCAAAACAAAGAUUCACAUUCACAGAUUCACCCCCUUGUCAUCCAAGAUGUUCAUGUCUUUUUUUCUUCAGUCGUAAAGAAAUU